AUACACAGUCAUGUGAUGAUCCCAAGUAGUAUUCCUGAUCCGCAAGCAGACACUAAAGUGUGAGUGUUGCUGCCGUCCCUGCGGCUGUCACCGGCCACCAAGGGCAAGCGAAAAGGGGUCAAGUUUAUAGCCGUUCGCCAAUUCUGCGGGACCUGCUGCGUUCCUGGACUGGCAGAGUCCCCUCCACUUUUCUCAACUUUGCUUAUGCCGCUAGGCCCCUCUCAGAAGCUCCUCUAGGAAUGGUGGAUCAUUUGCUUCGUAGAGAUGAGUGCUUCUCAAUCAAUCCAUCGUCUGUUGGUUUCACCUCUGAGAUGUUGAUGGGCGGAAGGGCCUACCAGAUGUUACCUUCCCCCACCUCGGAGGAUGAUAGUGACUCUUCCAGCUUUCGAUCAUGUUCCAGCCCAGACUCCCAAGUCCUAAGCUCCAGUUAUGGCAGCACAAGUAGCGCCGAGAGCCAGGACAGCAUUCUAGACUAUCUUCUAUCCCAGACCUCCUUGGGCAACACCUCCUUGUCUUGGUGGGACAAAAGAAAUCAACAGACAAUGGUCAAAGAGGAGUUCUUCAGAGUCCCGGAAUUUGGGGUGGACUUAGAGGAGACGCCAUGUUUUCAUCCUACCUUGGACGAAAUCCAGGAGUUUCUGGAGGAGAAAAUGAACACCGACUUCAACGCUGAAACUCAACAUGAAGUUAGAGAAUUGAGGAACUGUGGUCAUUUGUUUUCUGAGCAGUUCAAACAGGCCCCUAUGGUGGUCGCCAAUAAUGUGACAGAGGAUACAAAAGAGGAGUCCCAAAGCUUUUCACAAGAAGAGUCUAGCAGUACAAGCUCGGACACCCUCACUGUGGAGGGCGGGAUACCGGUUAUACUUCAGAUCCAGCCCAUAGAGAUCAAACAAGAGUCAAACACCAGCCAGGCCUCCCCAACACAGUUUCCAGAGAAUAUCAAAGUGGCCCAACUUCUGGUGAACAUCCAAGGCCAGACAUUUGCUCUGGUCCCACAGCUGAUCCAGUCAUCAAACAUGUCCUCUAAAUUUGUCCGAAUUGCCCCCGUGCCCAUUGCUGCUAAACCCAUGGGCCCCGGAGGUGGAUGUCAGGGGCAAUCUGGACACAUGUCGGGUCAGAAAUUCCAAAAAAACCCAGCUGCUGAACUGAUAAAAAUGCACAAAUGUACUUUUCCUGGAUGUACCAAAAUGUAUACCAAGAGCAGUCAUCUCAAAGCUCACCUACGGAGACAUACAGGAGAAAAGCCCUUUGCAUGUACUUGGCCUGGGUGUGGUUGGAGGUUUUCCCGAUCCGACGAGCUUUCCCGACACCGCCGCUCGCACUCCGGGGUCAAGCCGUACCAGUGCGCCGUCUGCGAAAAGAAGUUUGCCCGCAGCGACCACCUGUCCAAACACGUCAAGGUGCACAGAUUCCCGAGGAGCAGCCGCGCCACCCGCUUAUCAAACUGAAUGCGAUCGUAUCAAAGUUGAAGCCCAAAGCACUUUGUCCGUCUCCCCGUCGUAACUUAUUGUGUGU